UGAGAGAGAGAGAGGAAGAAGAAGAAGAUGAACAAGAAAAAGCUGAAAAUUCUUCUUUCUCUCUUUGCUCUCAACUCAAUCACUCUUUAUCUCUACUUCUCUUCACACCCAGAUCAUUUCCGCCACAAUUUCCCCAAAAACCACUAUAUUACUACCGGAAACCGCUUUUCUUCAUCGGAAAACCACCCAAAUUUGCACUCCUCCGUCGUUUCCCAAUCCAAGCCAUGGCCCAUAUUGCCGUCUUACCUCCCUUGGUCACAGAACCCCAACGUUGGUUGGAGAUCCUGUGAGGGUUAUUUUGGAAAUGGGUUUACUCGUAAAAUCGAUCUUCUCAAAACCUCGCCGGAGAUUCACCGGAAAUUUGGUGAAAACAGAGAUUCCGGAGGAGGAGGAGGAUGGUUUAGGUGUUUUUUCAGUGAGACAUUGCAGAGUUCGAUUUGUGAAGGAGGGGUAAUAAGGAUGAAUCCGGAGAAAAUUUUGAUGUCUAAAGGAGGAGAGAAAUUGGAAAAAGUAAUAGGAAGGGGAGAAGAAGAAGAGUUACCCAUUUUUGAAAAUGGAGCUUUUGAGAUAGAGGUUAAUGAAAGGACAAAAAUUGGGAAAAAAUUAGCUGAUGAAAAUUUCUUGAAUAAAUAUUUACCUGAAGGUGCAAUCUCAAAGCACACUAUGAGGGAAUUAAUCGACUCGAUUCGAUUGGUUGGCGCCAAUGAUUUUCAUUGUUCUGAGUGGAUUGAGGAGCCAUCACUUUUGAUUACGCGAUUUGAGUAUGCAAAUCUUUUUCAUACAGUUACUGAUUGGUAUAGUGCAUACGCGGCAUCCAGAGUUACUGGCUUACCCAGUCGGCCACAUUUGGUUUUUGUAGAUGGCCAUUGUGAGACACAAUUGGAGGAAACAUGGAGAGCAUUGUUUUCAAGCCUCACUUAUGCUAAAAACUUUAGUGGUCCGGUUUGUUUCCGCCAUGCUAUUCUCUCGCCGUUGGGAUAUGAAACUGCCCUGUUUAAGGGGCUUUCCGAAAGUAUAGAUUGUAUUGGAGCUCCUGCCCAUGAUUUGUGGCAAAAUCCCAAUGAUAGAAAAACUGCACGGUUGUCCGAGUUUGGAGAGAUGAUCAGAGCAGCCUUUGGAUUUCCUGUGGAUAGACAGAACAUCCCAAGGACAGUCACUGGCCCUAAUGUCCUCUUUGUUAGACGUGAGGAUUAUUUAGCUCACCCGCGUCAUGGCGGAAAGGUACAGUCUAGGCUUAGCAAUGAACAAGAAGUAUUUGAUUCCAUAAAGAGCUGGUCCUUGAACCACACAGAGUGCAAAUUAAAUGUGAUUAACGGAUUAUUUGCCCACAUGUCCAUGAAAGAGCAAGUUCGAGCAAUCCAAGAUGCUUCUGUCAUUAUUGGUGCUCAUGGAGCAGGUCUAACACACAUUGUUUCUGCAGCACCAAAAGCUGUAAUACUAGAAAUUAUAAGCAGCGAAUAUAGGCGCCCCCAUUUUGCUCUGAUCGCUCAUUGGAAAGGAUUGGGGUAUCAUCCCAUUGAUUUGGAGGGGUCUUAUGCAGAUCCACCAGUCGUAAUUGACAAGCUCAGCAGUAUUUUGAGGAGUCUUGGCUGCUAACUCUACUCAACAGUUUGAACAGUUUGACUUUUCUCUAAAAGACUGGAACUUGGAGCCUGAAAAUCGUGUAAAAUAUGUUUCAUCUGCAGUUCUAUAGUUUUGCUGCAAUCUUGAUCCUCAAUCUGGUGUUCACAAGCUUCACAGUUUCUGGCAGUUACUAAUUUAUUAGCCCUCUCAGUUAUGGACUCUCAGAACGAUCGUUAUGGUGAGCUCAUUGAAGAUAUUCUUUAUGGUGCAAGAUUACAAGUCACUCGCGACACACACAUUUGUAAAUCACAUUAGGUUGGUACAACUUCCUUACAAUUCGUUGUCAAUUGUUUUCUGCAAUUUAUUAUCUUCUUGUUCUGGGAAGACAGAUUAACAAACAUGUUGAAGUAGCAGAUUAACAAGUACCUCAGUGUAGUGUUCAGUGAAGAUAUGAUUGUAAC